CAAUAAAUAAGAGUUGGUUUUAAUUAGGUUUUAGACAGAGAAUAAUAACAUCAAUAGAGAAGAGGUGUAAUAGUAAUACUACAAAGGAAAUGCGAAUGGGAAAAUACGAGCUGGGAAGAACAAUAGGGCAUGGCAGUUUUGGAAAGGUCAAAUUUGCCAUCAACUUUGAAACUGGUCAACCUUUUGCACUCAAGGUCCUUGACAAGUCCAAAAUUAUCGACCUCAAAUUUACUCAUCAGUUUAAAAGGGAAAUACGAACCCUCAAACUUCUAAAGCAUCCAAAUAUAGUUAGGCUAUACGAGGUAUUAGCUAGUAAAAGCAAAAUUUACAUGGUUCUUGAGUACGUAAACGGAGGAGAGUUGUACAACAGAAUUGCAACGAAAGGGAUGCUAUCAGAAGCGGAAGGCAGAAAAAUCUUUCAGCAGUUAAUUGAUGGUGUGAGUUACUGCCAUGGCAAAGGGGUUUACCAUAGGGAUCUUAAGCUAGAGAACAUACUUGUUGAUGCUAGGGGCAGUAUUAAGAUAUCGGAUUUUGGAUUAAGUGCGUUACACGAGCAUUUAAGGGAUGAUGGUUUGCUUCAUACAACAUGUGGAAGCCCAAAUUAUGUGGCACCAGAAAUUAUUGGUAACAGAGGAUAUGAUGGUGCAGCCUCAGACAUAUGGUCUUGUGGUGUUAUUUUGUUUGUAAUUCUUACUGGAUUACUCCCUUUUGAUGAUACUAAUUUGUGCGUCCUUUACCAAAAGAUAAUGAAUGGAGAAAUAAAUGAAAUACCAAAGUGGGUAUCAGAAGGUGCCCAAAAUUUAAUUAGAAGGAUUCUUGAUCCUAACCCUAAGUCUAGAAUAACAAUGGCAUCUAUCAAAAUGGAUGAUUGGUUUAGAAAGGAUUACCAUCCAACCUAUGUUGAUGAUGAAGAAGAGGAUAUACUCACUAAUAAUGAGGUGGACUCCAUAAAUCAAGAGAGUUCAGAUCAGUCUCCUCCUACAACCAUAAAUGCUUUUCAACUGAUUGGAAUGUUCUCAUGCUUGGACCUUUCAGGUUUUUUUGAGAAAGAGGACAUUUCUGAGAGGAAGAUUAGGUUUACAACAAAUCAGUACUCUACAAAAGAAGAUAUCUUCAAGCAGAUUGAGUUUCUUGUAACUGAAAUGGGGUUUCUAAUCCAUAAGAAGGAAGGAAAGUUGAAAAUAAUGAGAGAGCUGGAAAGGGGUGAGAAUGGGGGUGUGACCACCAUACUUUCAAUAUCAGCAGAGGUUUUCGAGAUAAGUCCAUCACUAUAUGUCGUGGAAUUAAAGAAAUUACAUGGAGAUUCUUCCUCGUUUAGACAGUUGUGCAACAUUUUGUCAAGUGAUUUGGGCAUCCCUCCAGGCAUCACUCGUGAUGACAUCCGAUCAAGUGUCGUCUAGUAAACAUUUGCCUGAUCGAUAUAAUAUAUUUAUUAUUUUAUUUAUGGUAUAAUAAAAAAACAAUUGUAACCUAUUUAUAAAUUUGGACGAGAAUAUUUAUAAAAAAAUUUGAUGGUCGACAAAACAAA